GACACCCACCCCUCAAAGGCAGAGAUAACCAAAAAAAAAAAAAAAAAAAAAAAAACUUACCGUUGAAAGCAAACCAGGAGGCUUUAAACUGCUAUGAUGUUUUCCAGAAUGUCUGAGCUCCAGGUUCUGCUGCUAAUGGUUCUAAUAGGAAAGUCCACAGCCUGGUUCUUCUUGAAGCCGUUCCUCGAUGACCUCGACCCAGAUUGGACUCCUGACCUCUAUGAUUACAGCUAUGAGGAGGAUAACCAGGAAGAGAACACCAGUACUUCACUGGCCUACUCUGAGAACCCUGACUGGUAUUAUGCAGAUGACGAUCCAUGCCAGUCCAACCCCUGUGAACAUGGAGGGGACUGCAUCAUCACUGGGGACACCUUCAGGUGUAGCUGUCAGUCCCCAUUCACUGGAAACAGGUGUCAGAGUGUAGAAUCCAGAUGCAAGAACAACCCAUGUGGCCACGGAGAAUGUCUCAUUACCCAGAGUUCUCCCUACUACCGCUGUGCCUGCAGACACCCUUACACAGGUCCAAACUGUUCCAGAGUGCUUUCCGCGUGCCGGCCGAACCCCUGCCAGAAUGGUGGCACUUGCUCACGCCAGAAGCGGAGAUCCAGAUUCAAGUGCACUUGUUCUGACCAGUUCAAGGGAAGAUUCUGUGAAAUAGGUUCCGAUGACUGCUAUGUUGGUGACGGCUACUCCUACCGGGGCAGAGUGAGCAGGACCGUCAAUCAGCACACAUGCCUGCACUGGAACUCCCACCUCCUCUUGCAGGAGAACUACAACAUGUUUAUGGAGGACGCCGAGGGCCACGGGAUUGGGGAUCACAACUUCUGCAGAAACCCAGAUGGAGACCAAAAGCCCUGGUGCUUUAUUAAAGCUAAUAGUGAAAAGGUGAAAUGGGAGUACUGUGAGGUCCCAGCGUGCCCAGCUACAGACACUCAUAACCCAGAGCAGAGCCCAGUGGACUCCUCGAUCCAGCCUUUGGGGUUUGCCUCCUGUGGGAGAACUGAGGUUGCAGAGAGGAAGAUCAAGAGGAUCUACGGAGGUUUCAAGAGCACAGCGGGCAAGCACCCAUGGCAGGCGUCCCUGCAGACCUCGCUGCCUUUGGCCUCCUCCAUGCCCCAAGGCCACUUCUGUGGGGGGGUGCUGGUCCACCCCUGCUGGGUGCUUACCGCAGCCCACUGUACUGACAUAAAGGCCAAGCAUCUCAAAGUUGUGCUAGGGGACCAGGACCUGAAGAAGACGGAGGUCCAUGAGCAGAGUUUCAGGGUGGAGAAGAUCAUCAAGCACAGCCACUACCAGGAGAGAGACGAGAUUCCGCACAACGACAUAGCUCUGCUCAAGUUAAAGCCCGUGGACGGGCACUGCGCUCUGGAGUCUAAGUAUGUGAAGACUGUUUGUUUGCCUGGCGAUUCCUUUCCCUCUGGGACUGAGUGCCACAUCUCCGGCUGGGGUGUGACAGAAACAGGGGAGGGGUCCCGCCAGCUUCUGGAUGCAAAGGUCAAGCUGAUUGCCAACACUUUAUGCAACUCCCGAAGACUCUAUCACCAAACGAUUGACGAUAGUAUGAUUUGUGCAGGAAACCUUCAGAAACCUGGGACGGACACCUGCCAGGGAGACUCUGGAGGCCCUCUGACCUGUGAGAAGGGUGGCGUCUACUACGUCUAUGGGAUCGUAAGCUGGGGCCAGGAAUGUGGGGAAAAGCCCGGGGUCUACACCCACGUCACCAAGUUCCUGAACUGGAUCAAAACCACAAUACAAAACGAGGCUGUCUUCUGAGGUGGUGUCCUGCAACCUCAGAGCCAUCCUCCUCAGCACGAGAUAAAGUGAAACUCACGGCAGCAACGAUACCUCAGGAGUACCCAGAAGGCCACACAGAAGCGGGCCCUGCUCGGGGCAGACGACAGCUGCUCACCCUGGGUCUUGCCAGCCAAUAUCCACACCACUUACCAGCCCCCCCCACCUCCCUGGGGACCCCAGGGACAAUGGACUCAAUGCUCAAUGGAUUAGGUUUGCCUCCCUUCUGUUGAUUGUACCUGCUAGAAAAUCAGUGUUCACAGAGACUGCCUCAGCCAAGGACACCUACAAAUGUGAGAUUACAGAACACCCAGCACUGAGGAUAGUCACUUCGACUGCUUACCCCUCCUCCCCAAAACCUGAAGGACUCAACAGCACCCACCACCCUCCUCCAGGUAUUAUGGAAAAAAGCAAAAAUGCAACAUCUUC